GCCCAAUUUUUAAGUCAUUCUUAAUUUUAUGCUGAGAAAGUGAAGGAAUCUCUCUCUAAACAAGGGGUGCGUGUUUCUGUAGAGUCUGUAGACUCAAAAAUGGUUAUGCAAAAAUUCUCUGUACUCUCUUCAAUUUCGUUUAUCAGAAUCGAAUAAGUAGGUAAGAGUGCUGGUGUUUUUUGAGUUUGUGACAGAUGGAGUCUUGCAACUGCAUUGAGCCUCAAUGGCCUGCAGAUGAACUGUUAAUGAAGUAUCAGUACAUCUCUGACUUCUUCAUUGCACUUGCAUAUUUCUCUAUCCCUCUUGAGUUAAUCUACUUUGUAAAAAAAUCAGCAGUUUUCCCAUACAGAUGGGUGCUUGUACAAUUCGGAGCUUUCAUUGUUCUUUGUGGAGCUACACACCUAAUUAACUUAUGGACUUUCAGCAUGCAUUCACGAACUGUAGCAGUUGUAAUGACCACAUCAAAGGUUUUGACUGCAGUUGUGUCCUGUGCUACUGCCCUAAUGCUUGUGCACAUUAUUCCUGACUUGUUGAGCGUGAAAACUAGGGAGUUAUUUUUGAAAAAUAAGGCUGCAGAGCUUGACCGUGAGAUGGGUUUGAUCCGUACCCAAGAAGAGACAGGCAGACAUGUUAGAAUGCUUACUCAUGAGAUCAGAAGCACCCUUGACAGACACACAAUCCUGAAGACUACUCUUGUUGAGCUGGGGAGAACUUUGGCGUUGGAGGAGUGUGCACUGUGGAUGCCAUCACGCUCCAGUUUGGAGCUUCAACUUUCCUACACUCUACGCCACCAGAAUCCUGCUGGACUUUCUGUGCCUAUCCAGCUUUCUGUGAUUAAUCAAGUCUUCAGUAGCAACCGUGCAAUGAAAAUAUCACCAAAUUCACCAGUUGCAAGAAUAAGACCUCUUGCAGGGAAAUAUAUGCCCGGGGAGGUUGUUGCUGUGAGGGUCCCACUCCUAAACCUCUCUGAUUUCCAAAAUGAUUGGCAAGAACAAUCUGCGCAGUAUGCAUUGAUGGUUUUGAUGCUUCCCUCAGACAGUGCGAGACAAUGGCAUGUACACGAGCUGGAGCUAGUCGAAGUGGUUGCUGAUCAGGUGGCUGUUGCUCUUUCCCAUGCUGCAAUUCUUGAAGAAUCAAUGAGGGCGAGAGACCAGCUUAUGGAACAAAAUGUUGCACUGGAUCUAGCAAGGAGAGAAGCAGAAACAGCCAUACGAGCUCGCAAUGAUUUCCUGGGAGUGAUGAACCAUGAGAUGAGAACCCCUAUGCAUGCAAUCAUAGCACUCUCAUCUUUAAUUCAAGAAACUGAAUUGACUCCUGAGCAACGCCUUAUGGUGGAAACAGUUCUGAAGAGCAGUAACCUCUUAGCUACGCUCAUCAAUGAUGUAUUGGAUCUUUCAAGGCUUGAAGACGGAAGUCUUGAACUUGACAUUGGGACGUUUAACCUUAAUGGAAUGUUCAAAGAGGUUAUUAACUUGAUUAAGCCCAUUGCUUCUGUUAAAAAGUUGUUGAUUUCUUUAAAUAUGGCUGCGGAUUUGCCUGAGUAUGCUGUUGGUGAUGAAAGACGUCUCAUGCAAACAAUCCUAAAUGUUGCCGGAAAUGCUCUUAAGUUCUCAAAAGAAGGCAGCAUCUCAAUUGCUGCUUGUAUUGCAAAAUCUGAUUCUUUAAGAGAUGCUCGAGCACCUGAUUUUUUUCCUGUUUAUGGUGCUGAUCACUUCUAUCUACGAGUACAGGUAAAGGAUACUGGCCUAGGGAUCAAUCUUCAAGAUAUCCCUUAUUUAUUUAACAAAUUUGCACAAACCCAGCCUCUAUCAAGUAAAAAUGUUAAUGGUACAGGGUUAGGGCUUGCAAUUUGUAAGAGGUUUGUGAGUCUAAUGAAAGGGCAUAUUUGGAUCGAGAGUGAAGGUCUUGGCAAAGGGUGCACUGCUAUAUUCAUUGUGAAACUUGGAAUUGCAAAUCAAUCAACUGAGUCGGAACAACAUUUUAUACCCAAGCUGCAUGGAAAUCAUGCCCUGGCUACGUUUCAAGGGCUCAAAGUUCUUGUCAUCGAUGACAAUGGGGUGAGUAGGAUGGUUACCAAGGGACUACUCGUGCAUCUUGGGUGCGAUGUAACUGUUGUCAGUUCAGGGAAAGACUGUUUGCGAUCUGUUACUCCUGAACACAAGGUUGUUUUCAUGGAUGUAUCCAUGUCUGGAAUGGAAGGGUAUGAAGUGGCGGUCCGAUUGCAUGAAAGAUUUUCUACACGCCAUGAGAGACCGCUGCUCGUAGCUCUUACAGGGAGUACAGAUAGGGUAACAAAAGAGCACUGUUUGAGGGUUGGUAUGGAUGGAGUGAUCUUAAAACCUAUAUCACUUGAGAAAAUGAGGAUUGCCCUGUCAGAGCUUCUAGAGCAUGGGGUUUUCUCUGAAGCCAAGUGGUAGAGGGAGUGGAGAUGCCCUGGGUAGGACGGUAGAAACCUUUCAUGGCGGUUGCGAGUUCUUCACUCAAAUCGCAUUAUGACGUAAUUUUUUGUCCUAGUAUGUUACUACAUUACUACAAACUGAGUGUAGACGGCGUAGGUCAUGUUGGUGUUGGGGUUCGGGAAUCAGUUUUUAUUAUACCGUGCCAAAUUGGAGGCUGCGUAGAAUUGAUGAAGGGGCGAGCUGGAUCCUGGUAGUUACUAGUUCCUUCCUAUAUGAUUCUUAUUAAACACACCCACCUUAUGCGACAACAGCAGUGAUGUCAAUAAUUUAACUGGGAAGUUCACUGCACCCAACAUUCGUAUAAAUAGUAGAGGUUAAGUGAUAGUCCAAUGGCUGAGCUGCAGAAAAGGGGAUUGCCAGUGCUUGUAUGAAACAAUAAUUACAGUGGCAAUUCAUAUUUAUAUUCUGGUUUGUUCAUACUGUA